AUGGCGGACGACUUGCAAACACGACUCGCGGACAAUGUCAACGCAGUAACUACUGACCCAUCAACGCCACUGGACAAACGAGUCUUCGAAGAAUCCGAACUCGUCCUCGUCGAAACACUCUCAGCAGAACAACGACAGUCUCUCACUGUUGGACUCUCGACGAUACUACCAACUCUUCAACAAGAUCCAACGCCCGUCGUCAAUCUUCUUCUCCGACUCGUUCGCGAUCUCAGCUAUAGCGAUGUCCUCCAACUUGGUAGCGUGCCAUUCACGGACGGUCUGGUAGCCGGCGAGCAUAUGGUCUCAUUCAACAGACUGAUCAUUGCUCUGUUGCAAAAGGCAACUCUCAAUGCGGCAGAUGCAGCUUCGGUAGCUGGAAUGCUGGACACGGUCCUCGCACUCGUACGGUUAUGGCUCUCCACAAGCGAUACGGGUGUCGCCAGUCAGAGUGGGAAGCUGCUGCUCGACCUUCUCAAGGUUGAUCAGGAGAUCCUGACAAACCCGGACGCUCACUUGCCAUCUGGUGGACAAGGUCUGGUGUGGAAGCGAAUUUUUGGUGAUCGCGAUGUCUAUCGUACCUUUUUCGAGGCCUGCUCCUUGACCGGGCCGACAUCACUCAAGCUCAGCAAAAGUCAGCGCACCCUCGCACAGGCCCGAUUGAUGGAGUGGCUGCCGCAAGUCGGAGCAAUGGACUGGAGCGCUAUAUCACGAAGUCAUCACUCCGACGUGGAAUCUGAGUACUCGGUCGAAUCUGGAGGCGGUCUCCUCGACUUUGCUGCACUUCACAUGGUCGAUAUCAAAGACGAUGUACUCCUGCAUUUGAGUCUCAUCAACUUCUACUCCGACAUCCUACGAUACUCGCCGGUUCCUUCCUCGCCAUCAUCAAUUUCUGCUACCGAUUCGCCUGGCCUCCUAUACCUCAUCAAGCAUGGCCUCCACAUCCGAACUGCGGGAUUGUACCUCCAGCUUCCUGGCGCUGAACUCGAUCCUGUCGAUGCCAUGUUCCUGUAUGGACCGGCAGCGAAUUACAUUGCCACCUAUGCUGAGCAUUUCCCUCAGCACUUCCUUGCGAGCCAGAUGCCCCCGCAAGUACUCACCAGACUUAGUACCUCUUUCGACUUGUCACCGGGCAAGUGGGCUCAUGCGGAAUCACCCAAACAUGAUCUUCAUCUCAUCUCAAGUCUGCCGCGACGCGCCCUGGUUCCAUCAACGCCGACGAGCUUUCCGGCCAGCCCACUUUCUCUCCUACCAACCAAAGCAACGAACCCCGACGUCCUGAAUACGCUCGCCACCAUCUUCCAUGGUCCAACGAAGCCAGAGAUCGUCUUCGGCGGGUCAUCGACCUCUGCCACACCCGCCGACAUAACCCACGACGAAGAAGCAAAUCAUGCCCGCACCCUGUACUACAACUACCUCGCCCGCAAUCCCCGCAUGUGGGCCGACAUAACCACUCUCGCCGACACCGUCGCCCUAAAAGACCUCGCCCUUGCCGCUCUUCAUCUCACAACUUCAGUCAUCACCGCUAAUUGGUCCGAGUCCACGAACUCAUCUGCCCUCCCCACUACCAUCGCAACGCCCCCAUCCGGCCACAUCGCGCUCCUUUCCCCGCCAGCGCUGGAAUACGUCCUGCCCUACCUCCUCAAACCAGCGCAGUCCUUUUCGAAUCUCGUCGGUGGGAGAGGCGAUGCGGAGAGUGCAGCGUAUCGCAUUGCGGCGGCGAAAUUUGAUGCGGUAACCUUGUUUGCAAGAAAGCUGAAGGAGCAGGUGGACGCUCAGCCCGGAGAAGGGUAUGAGGAAAUAUUGGCUACUGUGAGCAGAAGAUUACAAGAGGGUCCUCUGAGUCGGGAAGCGGAGGUCGGUGGGAGGAUUGCUACCAUGGAGUUGUGAUAUAUCAUCUGCGAAAGAUGGGGGUAGCUGGUGGGCAAGAACAGCACUCGCAUACAUGAAGCAGGUUGGUAUUUCCAGGCCGGUUCAAGUUCGCCAUCAAAUUGGCCAUCAACUUGCCA